AUGGUGCGUCUGGCGGCCGAGCUGUUGCUGCUGCUGGGGCUGCUGCUGCUCACGCUGCACAUCACAGUGCUGCGCGGUUCGGGAGCCGCUGACGGGCCGGACGCGGCCGCGGGCAACGCCAGCCGGACGCAGCUGCAGAAUAACCUCCACGUGGAAACUGACUCUACAUCAGAAACCAGCUUUUCUCUCUCCAAAGAAGCACCAGGGGAGCAUCUGGACCACCAGGCUGCACACCAACCCUUCCCCAGACAGCGAUUCCGGCAAGACGCUGGGCACCCUUCCCUACAAAGAGAUGGCCCCAGAUCUUUUCUCCUUGAUCUACCAAACUUUCCAGAUCUUUCCAAAGCUGAUAUAAAUGGGCAGAAUCCAAAUAUCCAGGUCACCAUAGAGGUGGUGGAUGGUCCUGACUCUGAAGCAGAUAAAGAUCAGCAUCCAGAGAAUAAGCCCAGCUGGUCAGUCCCGUCCCCUGACUGGAGGGCCUGGUGGCAGAGGUCCUUGUCCCUGACGAGGGCCAACAGCGGGGACCAAGACUAUAAGUACGACAGUACCUCAGACGACAGCAACUUCCUCAACCCCCCCAGGGGGUGGGACCGUCCAGCCCCAGGCCACCGGACUUUUGAAACCAAAGACCAGCCAGAAUAUGAUUCCACAGAUGGUGAGGGCGACUGGAGUCUCUGGUCUGUCUGCAGUGUCACCUGUGGGAACGGCAACCAGAAACGGACUAGGUCUUGUGGCUACGCAUGUACCGCAACAGAAUCUAGGACAUGUGAUCGUCCAAACUGCCCAGGAAUCGAAGACACCUUCAGGACAGCUGCCACCGAAGUGAGUCUGCUUGCGGGAAGCGAGGAGUUUAACGCCACCAAGCUGUUUGAAGUUGACACGGACAGCUGCGAGCGAUGGAUGAGCUGCAAAAGUGAGUUCUUAAAGAAGUACAUGCACAAGGUGAUCAAUGACCUGCCCAGCUGCCCCUGCUCCUACCCCACAGAGGUGGCCUACAGCACUGCGGACAUCUUUGACCGCAUUAAGCGCAAGGACUUCCGCUGGAAGGACGCCAGUGGGCCCAAAGAGAAGCUAGAGAUCUACAAGCCCACGGCCCGGUACUGCAUUCGCUCCAUGCUGUCCUUGGAGAGCACCACGCUGGCCGCCCAGCACUGUUGCUAUGGCGACAACAUGCAGCUCAUCACCAGGGGCAAAGGGGCUGGGACGCCCAACCUUAUCAGCACUGAGUUCUCAGCUGAGCUCCACUACAAGGUGGACGUCUUGCCCUGGAUCAUCUGCAAGGGUGACUGGAGCAGAUACAACGAGGCCCGGCCUCCCAACAAUGGACAGAAGUGCACAGAGAGCCCCUCGGAUGAAGAUUACAUUAAGCAGUUCCAAGAGGCCAGGGAGUAUUAAGGAGAUGCCACCUCGGGUAUUUGUGACACAAAUGCACUACACUGAUCUACCGCUUGGGCAGCGCCCCUCUUAUCCGCAUACAUGUAUAUUUGUAUAUACCACAUGGGUAUUUUUCAUAAAUUACACUAGGGGUGUGCACCAGCCCCAGGUGACUGCCAUCUGAAGCCACCUUGCCAUCUGAAAUGCCCACAGAGCUCCUUGAAAUUCCUCCAAGGGGCGAUGUCAGCAGGAGGAUGAGGACAAAGAAGCCAGAAGAACCUGGAAGCCAUAGUGGGUGAGAUUCAACUCACACCCCGAUCCAAUGUUUUCUAGAGAAGCAAAGAGGAAAAGACUGAGUUGUAAACGUUAUAAGCAGUUUUUAUAUAUAACUUAUUUAAUAUGAAUGUGACUUAAGCAUAAACUUUUUCGCUGGAGUUGUGAAA